AUGGUGCCCAGGGACAUGGUGAAUGCCCCCGCCGAAAGGCUGCACGUCCAAGGGUCUGUCGUGAACAAGAAGUGUGAGACGAAGGUGCCAAAUAAAAUCCACAAGUCGGAGAGGGAGAAGCGGAAGCGAGGCACGCAGAAUGACCUCUUUAAUGAGCUGGGAGCCAUGCUAGAACCAGACAGGCAGAACAACAGGAAGGCAUGUGUAUUGGGUGACACUACACGGAUACUGAAGGAUUUAGUUUCACAAGUGGAAUCUCUUCGGAAGGAGAAUAGCACACUGAAGAAUGAAUCUCACUAUGUUGUGUUGGAGAGAAAUGAACUGCGUGAUGACAACAGCAUGCUUCGCAAUGAAAUCCAGGAGCUUCAGAACAAGCUGAGAAUGCGUCUGCAAAGCAACCCUAUUUGGAGCCAGGAUACUACUACAAGAUCAGCCGUUGCAGUACCUUAUCCCACAAGCGGAGUGUUCCCAGUACAGCAUUCACCACAUUCACCAGUCAUCACCUCGACGGCACUUUCUCUGCAACCUGUAAUCACUGAGCAAUGCUAUGCUGCCCCACUACGAGAGCUGCAGCUCUUCCCAGAAGUUUCACCUACAUCCACUGAAGAUAGCGAACUGUCACAAGACCAGGGGAUUUCCAAUAGUGUAACAAGGCCCCAGGCACGGUACCCAACACCAGCGGCGAUGUCGCCAGUAAAUGAGUUCCCAAUCCUUUCAAGGAUGGGAGAGGAGCAACAAUAUAGUAGUGGCACUAGUGAGGAAGACGGUCCACACAGGGUUUAA